CGGCCGACUCCAGCUUUUGGCGGCCCGGAGAACAACUUUCCCUGAGACUACAAGUCCCAUGAAGCUAUGUGGCCCCUGGAAAGCGCGAAGAAAUCAUAACAAGAUGGCGCCUUUCCCGCCCUGCCGGGAGUUGUAGUCCUGCCGCCUCGCAUGGUCCUUCUGACUUCAUGAGAGACCCAGCAGAAAUGGGACUACACUUCCCGACGGGCUCCGGUUUCAGCUGCGGGGGAAGGAGGAGGAGCGGAGGAGGAGGAGGAGGAGAAGGAGAAGAAAGCUACAACAUGGCGGCCGCGUCCAUUCCCACGAACCGGGCGCUGUGAGGAGCCAAGCGCCAGGAGCUGGAGCAGCUCUGCCUGUGCCAGGUCCUGGUUCCGGGGGUGCCCGCCCCGUCGCGGAAGUGGGGCUCGCACCCCUCCGCCGCGCGCCGCCAUGGGGGUGCAGGGCUUCCAGGAGUUCGUGGAGAAGCGCUGCCCGGGGGCUGUGGUGCCCGUGGACCUGUUGAAGCUGGCGCGGGCCGUCGGGGGCCGGGGCGGCGGGGGCCCUGCCUACUGCGCCGCCUUCCACCCGCCCCCCGCCGGCUACCCGCCCCCCGCCGGGCCCGCGCCGGGCCUGGGAGCCGUGGCCGGGGCCGGCCCCUACGGCCACCCCCAGCCCUUGCCCGGCCCCCCCGCCGCCGGCCCGUGCCCGGCUCGGCUCCUGGUGGAUGCAGAUUCGGCCUUGCAGCGCCUCUACGGCGGCUACCAGACGGACUGGGUGUGCGGGGGCCAGUGGAAUGCUAUGGUGGGCUACCUGGCCGCCCUCUCGCAGGCCUGCCUCUACCAAGGCGGGCUGGAGCUGGCUGUCAUCUUCAACGGAGGGCUGGGCAAGGAGAGGCUGCCUGAGUGGGGCAGGAAGGCGCAGGCGGAGAGACAGACAGCCCAGCUCAUCGCUGGGCAUGUGGGCAACAAGGGGACCCCGCCACCCCGGGCCUGGUUCCUUCCCCCGGCCUGCUUGGGGCACUGCGUCCGCUUGGCCAUGAUUCGAUUCCGGGUCAAGGUGUUCCAGAGCCUGGAGGAUCAUCAUCAGGAAGUGGUAUCCUUCUUCCGGGAGAAUGGUUUCCAUGGGCUCAUUGCCCAUGACUCCGAGUAUGCCCUCUGCAACAUACCCUCCUAUUAUAGCUCCCAUGCCCUCAAACUGAGCUGGAAUGGCAAGAACCUCACCACCAACCAGUUCCUGAUGCAAGAAGUGGCCAAGCAGCUGGGCCUCAAGCUAAGCAGCUUUCCCAUCUUUGCUGCCUUGCUCGGGAACCACAUCCUUCCAGAUGAAGAUUUGGCUGCCUUCCAUUGGAGCCUUCUUGGACCAGACCACCCACUGGCUUCACUCAAGGUGCGCGCCCAUCAGCUGGUCCUGCCACCCUGUGAUGUAGUCAUCAAGGCUGUGUCCGAGUAUGUCAGCUCCAUCAAAAAUCCCUCCAACUUGGAUGUGAUAGGGAGAGAUGUCUUCAAGCACUCCCAGUCCAGGACCGAAGAUAAAAUUGAGCGUUUCAAGAAGGCUGUAGAAUACUAUUCCGUGGCCACGAAGGCACCGCCUACCCCAGUGGGCCAGUCCCCGUAUGUUCUUCCAGCUUUUGGGCCCAACCACUUUGGAGGGGCAGCACCUAUGAACCGCAAUCCAAUGGUACCGCUCCCUUCUGGGAAGGCUGUGUUUGCACCUCAGAUGGGGCCAAAGAUGCAGUACCAUCCGCCUUCCACUCAUGGCGGUGUUGCCGCCUCCUCGUCUUUCCUUCCCGGCCCUGGCUCCAGUUUUCUCUUCUCUCCACAUGGCCUGGUGGAUGCAGCCCCUUUCCACGAGGACCCUGCUCUGAAGGGCGGACACUUCAACAACUGGCCUGUUUCAUAUGACAACUGCCCCGCCAAGUUCCCCAACCACCACCUGAGUUCCAAGCCCUCCCCAUCGUCUGGGCCUGGGUCUUCGCCCUCUUCCUCCUCCGAUGGAGAAGAGCACAACGGAACCAGCUCCAACCACGUCUCUGAAUCCGGACCUCGCAAGUCUGGCUGGGAGGAUCCUGGGGCUGAGAAAAGGAUGACUCAGGGCUGGGGGCAGCCACCUGGGGGCACUGGCAACUCAGAGAGGAACCUGAGUGGGCCUGAGGCUCACAUUCCUUCGCUGCUCUCCAUGGCGACUCGCAACCACAUGGACAUCACCACCCCGCCCCUGCCCACUGUUGCCCCCGAGGUGCUUCGGGUGGCUGAGCACCGGCACCGGCGAGGGCUUAUGUACCCAUUCAUCUACCAUGUCCUAACGAAGGGUGAAAUCAAGAUCCCAGUGUGCAUUGAAGAUGAGUGCAACACCGAGCUGCCGCCAGCAGCUGUCCUUUUCCGGGCUGCGCGGCAGCAUGUCUAUGGCGUCCUCUUCAGUGUGGCUGAGACCCAGAGGCGGAUGGAACGGCUGGCUGUGCGCAAGCGUAUCCCUGUGAAAACUCCUCCUGUUAUCGUCAAGGAAUGGUCGGCGUACAAGGGGAAAUCCCCACAGACUCCAGAAUUGGUAUCGGCCCUUGCUUUUCGAGAGUGGACGUGUCCUAACCUCAAGAAGCUGUGGCUGGGCAAAGCAGUGGAGGACAAGAACCGACGCAUGAGAGCCUUCUUGGCCUGUAUGAAAUCUGACACCCCCGGCAUGCUCAAUCCCGCCAAUGUCCCCACACAUCUGCUGCUUAUGUGCUGUGUGCUACGAUACAUGAUACAAUGGCCUGGGGGUCGGAUCCUGCAUAGACAUGAGUUGGACGCCUUUCUGGCCCAGGCUGUGUCUGCUCAGCUAUAUGAGCCAGAUCAGCUUCAAGAACUGAAGAUUGAGAAGCUGGAUCCCCGGGGAGUUCAGCUGGCUGCUCUGUUUAUGAGUGGAGUGGACACAGCCCUCUUCGCCAACGAUGCAUGUGGGCAGCCCGUCCCUUGGGAACAUUGCUGCCCAUGGAUCUACUUUGACGGGAAGCUUUUCCAGAGCAAGCUAAUCAAAGCCACGUGGGAAAAGGCACCCCUGAUAGACCUGUGUGAUGGACAGAAUGAACAGGUGUCCAAGGUAGAGAAGAUGAGGCAGAGCAUCCUGGAAGGCAUCAACUUCAACCGUCAGGCUCCGCCUCCCCUGCUCCCACCUCCACCCUUUGUAUCUUCCAUGGCCCCAUCCUUUUACCCUAUGCCUCUCUAUCCUCGCGCCAUUGGUUCUGUUCAGCCUUCAGCACCUGGGAGGACCAGAGGCUUCACAGGUCUUCACCCUAUCCCGCCGCAAGGAGGCAAAUUGGAGAUUGCUGGCAUGGUGGUGGGCCAGUGGGCUGGAAGCAAGCCGUCCCGUGGGCAGGGUUCCUUCGGCAUGCAAGUGGUAUCCGUUGGAGGCCCAGGGAAAGGCCGUGGUCGUGAUAACUCUGGAAAAAUCCCCAAAGGAAACAAGAAAGUGAGCAAGCAAGGCUCUGCAGAAGGAACUGCCAAGACCCCAGAGUUCAACAACAACAAUGGUGGCAACAGCAGCAGCAACAGCAGCAGCAGCCGUCCUCAGUCCCAGGUGAACGGGAACGGGGGCACCACCCCCACGGUGGGCGAGGACCCAGGGGCUGGAGCCUGCCCCUCAGCCACAUCACCUUGUGCCUUAGCCAGAGACGCUGACUCGUGCAAUAACAACAGCCCGUUCUUCGGGACGCUGAGCGGGGAUCCUGAACGGUGCCCGGAGAACAAGCUUUCCUUCCCAGCUCUGCAGAAAGAGGAGUGAAUGGAAGCCGCCGUGGGUCCGAUUGGCUGGCAGUGGGGUGGUGGAGAGAAGUGUCAUGGCAUUGCAAACUAGUGGGGCUGGGGGGGAGGAUACACCACUUCUGCAAAUCCCCAGAAUGGAAAAUUUUGAGCUGGUGAGAAUGGUUAAGUGGUGGGGAGGUCCGGGCGCAGAGCUUUCUUGACAACUCACAUUUGGAGGGUUUGUGUCAUGGGUGCUUCUUCUUCCCUGUGAGUAGCAGAUGCAGCCCUGGAGGGUGGUGGAGUGACAUGGGAUGGCUUAGGGCUCUUGUCCCACCUUGGGUGACCACAUCGGCAGUUUUCGCUCUCUGCCCCUUGAAUUUGCCAUUGUGCCAAUCGGAUCCCAAAGGGCGGCAUUUUUUUUUCCUUUUAAAUUUUUUAUUUGAAUUUGUUUUGAUUUUUUUUUAAUUUUAUAGGGGGGGGAGUUGUUUUUAGGGUGCAAGAUUUAUGGUAAUUCUGGAUUUGGGGAAUGGGAUAUUUUUUAAAGGAGAAAAAGCCGGCAAGGUUUUAUUUUAAAAUGGGGCAGAUUUUUCCUGCCUGCCUUGUUAAUUUCUUGCCAGCUCCCCCACCAGCAGGCCAAACAGCAGUGUUGCUUGGGCGGGGGGGAUGGUGGCAAACAGCAUGGAGCGAAGGUUUUUUUGGGGGGGGUGUAGGAAAAGACAAUGAUUUUUAAAAGAGAGAGAGCAGCACAGCUACUGCACCUUAUACUCCCAGGUGUGUAUAGCAGUCGGCUUGUGCUUUUUAUUAUAUAUAAGAGAGAGAAAGAGAGAGAUUAUAUUUAUAUAUAACGUGAAUAGAGCUAUAUAUAAAUAUGAACGCCGCAAGCCCGGAAAGGGUGAAAAUGUUCCCGGGAGACAACUUGCGUUCCGAAAUGCGCUAUGCGUUCUUUGUGAAUUGCAGUGUUUCCCAACCUUGGGCCUCCAGCUGUUUUUGAACUAAAAUUCCCAUCAUCCCUGACCACUGGUCUUGCUAGCUAGGGAUGAUGGGAGUUGUAGUCUAAAAACAGCUGGAGGUCCAAGGUUGGGAAACACUGAAUUAAAGGACCUGUGUCCCCAGUGGCCAGCUGUUGACCCUGCUAACAGGGCUGCUGGGGCGAAUGAACCAGGCCUCCUGAUAUCAGACAGAAAACUUCUUAUCUUUCAAGCGGACGAGCACUUACUGUUACAAUUCCAGGACUGUGAGCAAACGAAUAGGGCUGGGGCUGUAAAGGGGUUUGGGGCUAAGGGUGGAUUGCCACCCUGUUGCCAUGGGGCGGGUGGUGGGGAGGCUGGAAGUCAAAAGUAUCAAACCGACCCAGAGCCUUGGGGGGCUAGAGAGGGAGGGGUAACCCAGGAGAACAUAAAGCAGUUCAAGUGACAUACUGUUCUAUAGGCUGAGUUGUGUGCACCCUGCAGCUUCAGCAAACAAUCUGGAAAUCAGUGCAGGGCUUGGCGUUCUCAAAUCACAGCUUUUGGUUUCAAAGCAACAACUAUCUUUUUUUUAAAACAAAACAAAACCCCACUGAUAUUUAAUAGGGAAAUGUUUUCAAAGGGUUUCUUAGAAGAGCUAGUCAGGGUUUUCAGUGCGUUUGUGAGAUGGCUGGGGAGGUUUUAGGGCCUUGCACAACUGCCACUGCUUCUCUUGUAGCUGGUAUCUCUCACCAUUCGUUUCUGCCCCUUUUCAUCCCAUCCAUGUCCAAUGCCAUCUUACAGUUCUCUUGGAAAAAAUUUUUUUAGAAGCUGAUACAGUGGUACCUCAGGUUACAAACAUUUCGGGUUACAAACUCCGCUAACCCAGAAGUAGUACCUCGGGUUGAG